AAGACUCACUCUUCUUUUAUACUAAUUCUCUUAAACAGCCCAUUAAAAUGGAUCGUCGCUACGAUUACCCUCCUAGACCACGUUUUACACAUCCAAGACCGAGAUAUGACGACAGAUACUACAGACCACGAUACCAUCCUUCACCACCACCACCACCUUCGCCUUAUAGGUAUCCCAGACCUCCUCCUCGUCCUUCUUCUCCUUACUACUACCCAGCAAGACCAAGGGAUUAUCACAGCUAUUACCACCAUUCCCGAUCUUCCUCAUCGAGACAUGAUGAUAGAAGAAGGCCAGAGAAAGUGUCGAAUGGGUCAACAUCAAGAAAACAAGAAGAAGAGAUAAAGAGCAUGGGCCCAUCGCAAUCAAAAGAGGAGCAAAGAGAAGCAACAAUCGAAAAAGAACAGAAACCAAUAGAAGAAGAGAAAAAGCCAGUGAUAAAAGAAGCCGUGAUUUCGUUUGAUUCAGAUGGAGAAGAUGAUUGGGUGAAUGAAACCAUGGUGCAAUCGAGCCAUGAGCCAAAACAAGAAGAACCACAGGAAGAGAAAAAGAAACAAGAAAAGGACAGUUUACCGGAAACAUGGAUAUCUUGUCAGACAGAGAAAGGAGAAGUUUACUAUUAUAAUCAAAUAACGCGUAAGAGUGUAUGGGAUAUAAAAGACAUUCAUGACAAUAGAGGAGCAAAUAGCAGUGAUCAUCGUCCUGUGAAAAGAGAAGUGCAUCAUUAUCAUCGUACCGAGAUACGUCAAGUACGACCUUAUUAUGACAGAUAUCCAUCUCCACCUUCUUCUAAUAUACCGCCCUCACCGCCACUACCAUCGUCACCAUCGUCGUCGUCACCAUCAGCACCAGGUCGAUAUUAUCCACGGCGUUAUCCACCUUACCAUCAACCACCUCUAUAUCAACCGAGAUGGGCAGAUAGAAGAGCGAUGAGAAGAAACGAACCUUAUGAAAAGAGAUACAGAUAAUGCUUUUUUGAAUUAUUUUAUAUAAAAUGUUUGUUUUAUCCCCAAAGUUUUUUCUGUCAUGUAUGGGACACACACACACACAUACACACAC